GACAUUGCUGCAGGAGAAGAAGUGGCCAUCAAGCUUGAAUGUGUCAAAACCAAACACCCUCAGCUCCAUAUUGAGAGCAAGAUCUACAAAAUGAUGCAAGGAGGAGUGGGCAUCCCCACCAUCAGGUGGUGCGGGGCUGAGGGAGACUACAAUGUCAUGGUGAUGGAGCUGCUGGGGCCAAGCCUGGAAGACCUCUUCAACUUCUGCUCCAGGAAGUUCAGUCUCAAAACGGUUCUGCUGCUCGCCGACCAAAUGAUAAGUCGAAUUGAGUAUAUUCACUCCAAGAACUUCAUCCACCGAGAUGUGAAGCCAGACAAUUUCCUCAUGGGGCUGGGGAAGAAAGGCAACCUAGUCUACAUCAUUGACUUUGGGCUGGCCAAGAAGUACCGGGACGCCCGCACCCACCAGCAUAUCCCCUACCGAGAGAACAAGAACCUCACGGGGACGGCACGCUAUGCUUCGAUCAACACGCACCUCGGAAUCGAACAAUCUCGAAGAGACGACUUGGAGUCUCUGGGGUACGUGCUGAUGUACUUCAACCUGGGCUCUCUCCCCUGGCAGGGGCUGAAGGCUGCCACCAAGAGGCAGAAGUAUGAGAGGAUCAGUGAGAAGAAGAUGUCCACCCCUAUUGAAGUGCUGUGCAAAGGCUAUCCCUCUGAAUUUGCCACUUACCUGAAUUUUUGCCGCUCGCUGCGCUUCGAUGACAAGCCCGACUACUCCUACCUGAGACAGCUCUUCAGGAACCUGUUCCACCGCCAGGGCUUCUCUUACGACUACGUGUUCGACUGGAACAUGCUCAAAUUCGGUGCCAGCCGGGCUGCAGAUGAUGCUGAGAGGGAGCGCCGGGACCGAGAGGAGCGAUUGAGACACUCCCGGAACCCAGCCACCCGCGGCCUCCCUUCCACAGCUUCUGGCCGCCUACGGGGAACCCAGGAAGUGGCUCCCCCUACGCCCCUCACCCCUACCUCACACACGGCCAACACCUCUCCUCGGCCUGUCUCUGGCAUGGAACGAGAGCGAAAAGUGAGCAUGCGGCUGCACCGUGGGGCCCCCGUCAACGUCUCCUCCUCCGACCUCACGGGCCGGCAAGACACCUCUCGCAUGUCCACCUCACAGAAUAGCAUUCCUUUCGAACACCACGGCAAGUAGCUGCUCGUCUCCGUUGGAAGGCAGCACUGGAUUCCCGGUCGGGUGGCUUCCAGUGGUCUUCAGUCUGUCGUGCACCGAUGAGAACUCUCCUUUUUGCCGUGAAGGGCAGACAAUGCAUGGCUGAUCUACUCUGUUACCAAUGGCUUUACUAGUGACACGCCCCCCGGUCUAGACCCGAAACGUUAACGCCGGGAGCUCUCCAGGCCACUCACCCAGCGACGCCCAUGGGGAAUCAAAACACAAACUAAACGGACAGGCUCCACGAGAGCAGCCAUCGCCAGGGGCUGCCACCCUGCCCCCACGUGAGCUCGGUUUUCGCGGGUCUGGGAAGAAGAGCAGAGUGUGGGAGACCAUUGCAGAGAACCAGACUCCAGUCAAGAGCCUCUGGGCUCCCUCCGGUGGUGGCGACCUGCGCCCCCUGCCGAUCCCACCGCAGCUCCCGUCUUCUACUUGGUUAAGACAGUUUUGUAUCAUUUUGCUAAAAAUUACUGGCUUAAAUCUGUGUAAAGAAAUCUGUCUUUUUAUUGUU